AUGAAUCCCAAGCUAGUCAACAUUGUCCUGUGUGACAUCUCCAUUGAUGCAUCCACUUGCCACUGGGAUCAGCACAGGCUGAACCAGAUGAUGGGUUACACCAAUCUGAAUCAAUGUGACUGCUUUGCUGCCAUCCUGACAACCAAUGUGCUGGAAAUGGCGGCUCUUCUCAACCUCCUUGCUGACAAGAAUAGCCCCUGGCAGCUUCUGCAUCUCAUCUCAGGGAGCAUCCCCAACAUCUGCUCCAAGAGUGCUGGUGGGGUCCAACACAAUGAGUUGCUGCUGGUCCAGGACAUCGCCAAGAUUCCCAAGCUCAUGGCCUACAAGAAGCCCUCCCUCAUCAAGAGGUGGAACCCAAAGUGGGUCCACAUUGCUCCUCAAGUGCAUCAACUGAGUCAUGUCUUCUAUCAGCUUGUCCUCACUGCCUACGCCUCAAGCACCAAACCAUGA